CCUUAGUGGGGAAAACCGGGUGUAAGCCCCGGAAGUACUUGUUGCCUGAGCAGUGGGCUGCUUAGGAAGAGAAGGUCAGAGGUCGCGGGGGCAGAGGCAUUCUUGCCGCUGGCCCAGUCACUAUGUAGUGGAGGGGCAGACACCCUCCCGCAAAUUCUGGAAGGUUCUUAGUCUCGACUAGGGCAGUAGCCCCAGGACUCCUAGUCGCCGGCUUCGGGUCACUGCCGGCUGAACGGAGCUGCCGUCGCCAUGUUUGGCUGCUUGGUGGCGGGGAGGCUGGUGCAAACAGCUGCACAGCAAGUGGCAGAGGAUAAAUUUGUUUUUGACUUACCUGAUUAUGAAAGUAUCAACCAUGUUGUGGUUUUUAUGCUGGGAACAAUCCCAUUUCCUGAGGGAAUGGGAGGAUCUGUCUACUUUUCUUAUCCUGAUUCAAAUGGAAUGCCAGUAUGGCAACUCCUAGGAUUUGUCACGAAUGGGAAGCCAAGUGCCAUCUUCAAAAUUUCAGGUCUUAAAUCUGGAGAAGGAAGCCAACAUCCUUUUGGAGCCAUGAAUAUUGUCCGAACUCCAUCUGUUGCUCAGAUUGGAAUUUCAGUGGAAUUAUUAGACAGUAUGGCUCAGCAGACUCCUGUAGGUAAUGCUGCCGUAUCCUCAGUUGACUCAUUCACUCAGUUCACACAAAAGAUGUUGGACAAUUUCUACAAUUUUGCUUCAUCAUUUGCUGUCUCUCAGGCCCAGAUGACACCAAGCCCAUCUGAAAUGUUCAUUCCGGCAAAUGUGGUUCUGAAAUGGUAUGAAAACUUUCAAAGACGACUAGCACAGAAUCCUCUCUUUUGGAAAACAUAAUUUGAAUAAAAUAAUUUUUAAUGAA